AACCAGAGAAAUGGUACGGAGGAACAUAUUUCAUUUUUCUCAAUGUUUGAUUAGACUAAACUUUUGUAGUAAUAAGUUUUUAUUUGAGAUCAUUCCAACCUCGUGACCCCAAGGCCCAACUCCCCAUCUCCUCCUACACCAUAAAGUGUUACUAGGUUAAUUACCACAUGAGCAUCUUAAAAGUUGAGGAUCAAUUUUUUCUUGUCAAAAUUCUUUCAAUGCCAGAAAUUACGACUUCAAAUAUGUUAAUUUUUUCAUGUUUUAUUGGUUAAAAACUGACUUUCUAAUAUGAAUAGGAAAGACAAGUUUUAAAAGUAGCAUUCCAAUCUAAUUGUGUUUGUCUAGUCUUCAAGACACCUCAUCUUUGCUCUCAUCCUCCAUAUCCCCUCUCUCUAUCCCAGCAUUCCUACUCCAACACUCUACCCCAUCUCUCAUAGUUUUUUAAGUAUUUUAUGUAGAAUAUAUAAAAAUAUUAUUAAAUACUAGUAAUAUUUUUAUUUAUGUAUGACUAUGAGUUUUAAAAAAUAAAAAAUAAACAAGAAAUUUGUUUUCUAGAGGACAUUUUCUGAGAGAACCUUUUCCUUCUCUCUACGGCACAUUUCUGAUCAAAUUUUAUCAGUCCUAAAACCCCAGUUUUCGCUUCUCCGAUUCAUAAAGCAAAAGAAUCAAAAGAAAUGGAAAUUGCCCACGUCGAUCAAGCCAAAUAUUAUUGCCACAUAUUGGUAAUUCCCUAUCCAGGUAGAGGCCACAUCAAUCCGUUGAUGAAUUUUUGCAAGCUCAUUGCUACAACCACACCAAAACUUCAGCUAGUAAUCUCUUUUAUUGUAACCAAAGAAUGGUUCAGCUUUUUGAAAUCAGAGCCAAAACCAGAUAAUAUCCAAUUUCAUACAAUCCCAAAUGUAAUUCCACCAGAAAAGGAUCGAAGCGAAUUAGAUUUGUUGAGAUUCGUGGAAGCUGUGUUUACUAAGAUGGAAGCUCCAGUUGAGAGUUUACUUGAUGGGCUACCAAAGCUCAAUGUGAUUAUAGCUGAUACAUUAUUGCCGUGGGCCGUCCGUAUUGGGGAUCGGAGGAAUAUUCCGGUGGCUUCAUUUUGGACCAUGUCUAUUACCGCUUUCUCCAUUUUUUAUCACCAUAAAUUGCUACUAGCUGAUGCACAUUUUCAAGCCAAUUUUACAGAGCAAGGAGAAGAGGUUGUAAAUCACAUUCCUGGGGUUAAACCAAUUUGCGUGAAGGAUCUUCCAUCCGCAUUUAACAUCAAACGCCGGAAGAUGUUGCCCUUUCUUCUCGAAGCUGUAUCGGAAUCGGUCAAUAAAGCACAAUAUGCCUUGUUCACCACCAUUGAAGCAUUGGAAUCUCAAGUAAUUGAGGCUUUACGAGCUAAAUUUCCAGUUCCCAUUUUCACAGUUGGUCCAACAAUCCCUUACUUCGAUACUGAAUUCAAAACUAACCAGCCUAGUUCAAACUACUUGUCAUGGCUUGAUGAUCAACCUAAGGACUCUGUUCUAUACAUAUCCCAAGGAAGUUUCAUGUCAGUAUCUAAAGAACAGUUGGAUGAAAUUAUAGCGGGCGUGCACAGCAGCGGUGUCCGAUCAUUUUGGGUGGCGCGUGAGGAUACUUCCUUACUUACAGAUGCAGUAGGGAACAAGGGAAUCGUUGUGCCUUGGUGCGACCAAUUGAAAGUUCUGUGCCAUCCUAGUGUAGGCGGGUUUUGGUCGCAUUGCGGAUGGAAUUCGAUCAAGGAAGGUGCAUAUGCUGGCAUUCCUUUUCUUACAUUCCCUAUUGGCGCUGAUCAAUUUACCAACAGUAAACAAAUAGUGGAGGACUGGAAGAUUGGUUGGAGGAUCAAUAAGGAAAGGGAGAAGCUGGUUAAAAGAGAUGAAAUUGCUAUGCUUUUGCAGAAAAUGAGGAGAAGAGCAAUGGAAAUAAGGAAGACCUGUCAAGAAGCAAUUGAAGGUGGAGCCAUCCAAGGACAUAUUGACAAGUUCAUUCGGGAUAUUUCUCACGGCCCAAGGCACUGA